AUGGGCGCGAAUCUACCUCUAUAUUUGGCCUUGCUGGCAGGCAUUAUCCCCUGGUCAACUGCCUCCUCCCCUCCCCUAAAUGCUCGAGACGAUGGCGCCUUCUCGCCUCCCUACUACCCAGCCCCUAAUGGAGGCUGGCUUUCCGACUGGGCUAGCGCAUACGAGAAGGCGCAGAAGGUCGUCAGUAACAUGACGCUGGCGGAAAAAAUGAACCUCACGACUGGGACCGGCAUGUACAUGGGCCCCUGUGCGGGCCAGACAGGAAGUGCGCUUCGGUUUGGUAUUCCGAAUCUCUGUCUGCAUGAUUCCCCGCUGGGCAUUCGCAACUCGGACCAUAACACGGCCUUCCCUCCUGGUGUUACGGUGGGCGCGACAUUUGACAAGGAGCUCAUGUAUCAGCGCGGCGUUGAACUCGGGGAAGAGGCCCGUGGCAAGGGUGUUAAUGUUCUCUUGGGCCCGGUCGUUGGUCCGACAUUUCGCAAGCCGAGAGGAGGCCGUGGCUGGGAGGGCUUUGGCGCGGAUCCAAGUCUGCAGGCCAUCGGGGGUGCGCUGACGAUUCAGGGCAUGCAGAGUACGGGGGCGAUCGCGUGUCUUAAGCACUUUAUCGGUAAUGAGCAGGAGAUGCAUCGCAUGAGCAGUGUUAUUACGCAGGGGUAUUCUUCGAAUAUUGAUGAUCGGACUCUUCAUGAACUCUACUUGUGGCCGUUUGCGGAGGGCGUUCGUGCUGGGACUGGGUCGGUGAUGAUGGCUUACAAUGAUGUCAACCGUUCAGCGUGUAGCCAGAACAGUAUGCUCAUUAAUGGCAUCCUCAAGGAUGAACUCGGCUUCCAAGGCUU